UUGUAAGUCACAGUCAGCGUACUCAUUCAUGUGGGGAGUUGCGCGCCAGUCAUGUGGGGCAAGACGUGGUGCUGUGUGGAUGGCUCAUGCAUGAGCGUGCACUGCAGUUUAUAACUCUUAAAGAUGCUCAUGGAGUGACACAGUUCAUAGUUCCAGAUAAUAAGCGAGAUACACUCUGUGAGGUUGUGAAGGGUUUGAAGUUUGAGUCAGUUUUGCAAGUGAAAGGAAAAGUAAUAAGACGCCCAGAAGGACAAGAAAACCCAAAAAUGCCCACUGGAGACAUUGAAGUUGAAAUAGAAGACCUGAAGGUGUUAAAUCCAAGUCUUGCUGAAUUACCAUUCAAAACAAGAGAUUAUGAAGAAAUCACAGAGAAUGUUCGUUUGCAGUACCGAUAUUUAGAUAUAAGACAUUACAAAAUGCAAAAGAAUCUUCGCAUUCGAUCCAACAUGGUCAUGAAAAUGAGAGAAUUCCUGUGCAAUAAACUAGGUUUUGUAGAUGUAGAAACUCCCACAUUGUUCAGAAGAACACCAGGGGGAGCAAGAGAAUUUGUUGUACCUACAAAAAUACCUGGGAAAUUUUACUGUCUUCCACAAAGUCCACAACAGGUGAGAUAUGUGUGCGUGUAA